UCAAUUGCUUUGCAUCCCACCUGCUUUCACCCACAACUUUCUCUCUUCUAUAAUUCCCAUCUUCUUCCCAACACAGACCAGACAUUCCCCCCACCAGCAGCUUUCCUCGGACGACCAAAUGGGAAGAUCCCCUUGCUGCGAGAAGGAGCACACCAACAAGGGUGCCUGGACUAAGGAGGAAGACGAUCGCCUCAUCAACUACAUCAAGCGCCACGGCGAAGGCUCCUGGCGAUCCCUCCCGAAAGCCGCCGGUCUGCUUCGAUGCGGGAAGAGCUGCAGGCUGAGGUGGAUAAACUACCUGAGGCCCGACCUCAAGAGGGGGAACUUCACGGAGGAGGAGGAUGAGCUCAUCAUCAACCUCCACAGCGUGCUCGGCAACAAGUGGUCCCUCAUUGCCGCUCGCCUCCCUGGUAGGACCGACAACGAGAUAAAGAACUACUGGAACACUCAUAUCAAGAGGAAGUUACAUAGCCGGGGCAUCGACCCUCUCACCCACGGCCCUCUCAACAACCGCGCCUCCUCCGCCGAUGGCGUCACUAAGAGAGGGAGAACUAUGUCGAAUCAUAAUGUCAGUGACCAUGAUAAGACAGGUAACACGAGCGGUUGUCAGGCAGGAAUCAAGACUGAAGGAGAUUCGUGGAUGAUAUCUUUGGCCGACGAUCAUCAGUUCUUGAAGAAGAUCAGAAGCGUCUCCGCAGCUGAAUCAAACACCAGUAGUAACAGUGGGGUGACCACCAUGGAGGAAUUAGUAUUCCCUCCUCGAAUCAACCUCGAGCUCUCUAUAGGCCUCCCGAACGAUCAGCAGCAGCAGCCUCGGAACAUUAGUUUUUCUAUGCACUCUCCUCCAGCAGUCGACGCAAAGGAUUUGAACGCGAGCCAGACGAAGCAAUCGAAUCAUCCCGAAGAUAAGAGUUUCCUACCGCAAGCAGUCUGUCUGUGCUGCCAUCUACGUUCUCGGAGCAAUAACAGCCAGAUGUGCAGCUGCAACUCUGUAACGUCUGAUAACCUCUUCAGAUUUUACAUCCCAUUUUGUUCUUGAAAUCAAUGUAGAAAUUAUCACCCCCAUAUACGCGAGCCCCACGUACUCGUUCUCAAUUAUAGAUUCUAUACAUCCCGAUCGGGGGUCUCCCGGAACACCAGAAUGAUCAUUAGCAAUGAAAAGCAUUGAUUCGCCUAA